UCUACAGAAUACAUGGUGCUUGUUGAACAGUUUUUUGGUAGUCUGCAGCAUUGUGACGUCAUCUACUGCAGCAGAGACGGGCGGUGGCCCUGGUGCGUUUAGAUUGGCCCUAGAAAUAUUUUCUAGGCAGCUUAUUAGGUUUUAAAACACAUUAUGUUUGCAUGGAUCAGAAUGAUAAGGUGCGGCUGCAUCAAAGCAUCUAAAACGCGUCUAUUGUUAUUCAUGUGUAACUAUCGGUCUGUUCUGAAUGUGUUAUAAGAAUUGUGUUAAGUAGGUUUAUUAAAAAACAACAACACGAAUGACAUAAUGUUCAAAUAUAAUUUUAAAUGAUUUUUAGGAUGCAGGUUUAAUUCAGUCUAAUAAUAUUACACGAAUGCCACUUUGUGUGAUGUUUGUAAUCUAGCUUAUAGUUUCUGUGCAUUGUACUGUAUUUUGUUUGGAGUGUUUUCAGAAGAUGUAUUUGGUUGUUCAUAAGCUGAGCCACUCCCUCCUGCAGCUUGCUCUGUCAUAGCGACAUCUCCAUCUUCUCUGCAGUGAGAUCAGCACAUAUCAGCGUCUGCAGCAGCUGGGAAAAACGACAAAAUGCGUGAGUGUAUUUCCAUUCAUGUGGGUCAAGCCGGUGUCCAGAUUGGCAACGCCUGCUGGGAACUUUACUGCCUUGAGCAUGGGAUUCAGCCGGAUGGACAGAUGCCCAGUGAUAAGACUAUUGGUGGAGGGGACGACUCCUUCAACACUUUUUUCAGUGAGACAGGAGCUGGCAAGCAUGUUCCCAGGGCCGUGUUUGUAGAUCUGGAGCCCACUGUGAUUGAUGAGGUUCGCACUGGAACUUACCGUCAGCUUUUCCACCCUGAGCAGCUGAUCACCGGAAAGGAGGAUGCAGCUAACAACUACGCUCGUGGCCAUUACACUAUUGGCAAAGAGAUCAUUGAUCUGGUUCUUGACAGGGUUCGCAAACUGGCUGACCAGUGCACUGGACUUCAGGGCUUCUUGGUGUUCCACAGCUUUGGAGGAGGAACUGGUUCUGGCUUCACCUCGUUACUGAUGGAGCGCCUUUCUGUUGAUUAUGGAAAGAAAUCUAAGCUUGAGUUCUCCAUCUACCCAGCUCCACAGGUGUCUACUGCUGUGGUGGAGCCCUACAACUCCAUUCUUACCACCCACACCACCCUCGAGCACUCAGACUGUGCUUUCAUGGUCGACAAUGAGGCCAUCUAUGACAUCUGCCGUAGAAACCUUGAUAUCGAGCGUCCCACUUACACCAACCUUAACAGGUUGAUAGGUCAGAUCGUGUCCUCCAUUACUGCCUCCCUACGGUUCGACGGCGCCCUGAAUGUUGACUUAACUGAGUUCCAGACCAACUUGGUGCCGUAUCCACGUAUCCAUUUUCCUUUAGCAACUUACGCUCCUGUGAUCUCUGCUGAGAAAGCUUACCAUGAGCAGCUCUCAGUGUCUGAGAUCACUAAUGCUUGCUUUGAGCCGUCUAAUCAGAUGGUCAAAUGUGACCCACGUCACGGCAAGUACAUGGCUUGCUGUCUGUUGUACCGUGGUGAUGUUGUACCUAAAGAUGUAAAUGCUGCUAUUGCCACCAUAAAGACCAAGCGCUCCAUCCAGUUUGUGGACUGGUGUCCAACUGGUUUCAAGGUCGGUAUCAACUACCAGCCCCCUACCGUUGUACCUGGAGGUGAUUUGGCUAAGGUGCAGCGAGCGGUGUGCAUGCUAAGCAACACCACUGCUAUUGCGGAGGCUUGGGCCAGACUUGAUCAUAAGUUUGAUCUGAUGUACGCUAAGCGUGCCUUUGUGCACUGGUACGUAGGUGAAGGUAUGGAGGAGGGAGAGUUCUCUGAGGCUAGAGAAGACAUGGCAGCCCUGGAGAAAGAUUAUGAGGAGGUGGGUGUAGAUUCAGUCGAGGGAGAAGGAGAAGAGGAGGGAGAGGAGUAUUAGAUUUCCUUCAUUGUCAUGCCUUCUCCAGUAUGAAAAUGAAUAGCAGAUAGCCUUUAGACUGAAUAAUUUCACAA